AUGGUUAUUGACAAGACCAGCGACGAAGAUGGAGAAACAGAAGUGUGUAUGGAUGCAGAAAGCAGCAGUGAUGAUCCUAUGGAUGACGCAUCUGUUGAGACGGAUUCAACGGAUGGCAGAUCUGAUACUGUUAAUAAGGCAGAUUCAUCAUCCAGUGAUGAUGAUUCUUUUGAUGAUUCUGCCGACAAUGGCAUUCAAGUGGAAGAUGAAGAAGUAACUGCGGUCGAAGAUAAUGAAGUAGUAAGUUCAUUUCUAUGUACCUUACCUUUAUGUAAUUUUAAUUUAAAGAUGGACACAACGGGCUCAGGUGACAACCUAAAUCGACGAGGCGUUGAAAUUCCAAUUGAAGUUGCAAUCUCUUCCAGAAGGUAA